AUGACUCCAGAUUUGUCUCGAGGUGCAGUGUCUCCUGGAACGGAGAUCAUCAAAGACUUGGCCAACGAGAAUGCCACCGAGGCGGAGAUCGUCCAGGCUGUCCAGGAAGAGGCUCCUCGACGUUUGUGGUCGAAAGACAGCGUGCGCCGGGACGAGCAGUUCCACAAGCAGCUGAAGGAGAUGUACAGGAGAUGCAGCUCGCAGACCUUCGACGUCGGUUCCAUCACGCAGUGGGACCCGUACCAACCCUUGGUGCUGGUGAGCAGCGACAAGAGGCGACAAACCUCGUGCUGGAAGAAGGGCCGGCCACGGAUUGUCCAGGAGACCCUCCAAUCCAAUAUGUGGAGCAGUAUCAUUUGCUCGGUGGAGGUGGUGCUGCUCGCCCUGGCCACGACCACUGGGCUUUUUUUACCAGUACUCCUUGGCCACCAAGAGGAGAGGCCGAAAAGGGCUUGCCUUCGUGUUGAAGCACAUGCUUUGCCCCUGCCUCGGGAACAACUCCAAUAG